UCUCAUAAAUGAAACCGGACACACUCUUGACCCAGAAAUGAAAGUUGUUCAGGAUGAACUUAAAAGCAUUCUGUUUGAACAAACGCGUCGACUGCAAGAAAACAGAGAAGGAGUGGGACCCCACGGUCAAAGCUUCCCCAUCGUCAGCCGCUACGUAGAGCUGAAAGUGAUCUCAGAGGCUCACUUCAGAAGACAGAGGCUCCUGGAGCACGAGACCCUGGCCGCUGCUGGCGAGCUGAACGAGUAUCGCCUCCGUCAGAAAACACAAGCCAAGCUGGAGCGGAUCACUCUGGACCGCCUUUUCCGAUGGUGCUCCCGACUGAAGCAGACGGCCCGCUCGGUGAUGGUGAGCGGCGUAGCCGGGGUGGGGAAAACCACCCUGGUGCAGAAGUUUCUGUUCGACUGGGCAACGAAUAAACACUAUCAGAAGUUCUCCUUUGUUUUCUUCUUCAAGUUCCGAGACCUCAACGCGGUCGGGUCAGGAACCAGCCUGGAAAGCCUGAUCUUACAAAGUUACCCUGACUUGGAAGUCCAACUGGGAGCCAUUCUGCAGGACCCCGACAGACUCCUCUUCAUAUUUGAUGGACUGGACGAGAGCAAUGGUGACCUUAAUUUGAAAUCCCCCGAAUUUUGCACCCGGCCAAAGGAUGUGAAGCCGGUCCCUGUGAUUGUCGCCAGCUUGCUAAAGGAGAAGCUUCUGAAGGGGUGUUCCGUCAUUCUGACAAGCCGCCCGAGCAAACUUGCCAAUUUGGAGGCGGGCGUCUUUCACAGGGUGGUCAGUAUUGUAGGUUUCUUGUCUCAGGAAAGAGAAAGGUAUUUCCUUAACUACUUUGAGGAGGAGGCGGUGGCACGAAACGCCUUGGCCCACGUGAGGGACAGCCAGGUCCUCUACACCCUCUGCUACAAUCCCUCUUACUGCUGGAUCACUUGCACCGCCUUGCAGCCUUACUUCACCGCCAACGCUGAGCGAGGCCAUCCGUUGCCCAGAACCGUAACUCAGCUCUUCGUAAGCUACGUCAAGCAUAUGUUGGUCAACCACACCAGCGAGCCCCUGAGGCAAACAGACGUGCGGGAGAGGCUGACUCGUCUGGGCUGGUUGGCCGACUACGGCCUGAACCACCACAUACUCAUUUUUGAGGAGAAUUCCUUAGAAGGCUUCCAUGUGCCCGAAUCUCCUCUUCGUACGGCUUUCCUGGUGGAGAACCUCAAGCUUCACAAGCCUCCUGAGGUCACCUAUUCCUUCGUUCACCUCACCGUUCAAGAAUUUUUCGCUGCCCUCGUCCCUUUUCUGGAAUUCGACGAAGAUAAUUUUGAAGAGACCAAGGCGGGAGCCCGAGGCGACCGAAGUGGGGAGUUCGACAUCUUUCUUCGCUUCCUCUCCGGCCUGUCCGAUCCUGCGACCCGCAGACCCUUGGAGGCCAUUUUGGGGGAAUUCUCAAAACCAGCCUCGGGAAAAGUCAUCGAUUAUCUCUCUAGCAUAGACUGCACGGCUCUCCUGAGCAGCACCGAACACGGCGGUAAAAGGAAAGCCCUGAACUACCUCAGUUGGCUCUUUGAAGCUCAGAACGAGCCGCUUGUCCUCCAGAUGUUGGGCGGCCACAUUUGCAUGAACUUCUCCGAACUGAUCCUCACGCCCGUCGAUUGUGCCAUCCUUGGGUAUAUCUUGCGCUGCUGCAACCAGAUGGAACGUCUCGACCUCGAUUCCUGCUACAUCCAAACCGAAGGGUUACAGAAGCUUGGCCCUCAUCUGCACAAGAUCCGAGAGCUCAGUCUUUGCAACAAUUAUCUGCAGGAUUCUGCCGUCGAGCACCUGGCUGCUGCACUGAAGCAUCGGGACUGCCGCCUGGAGACCCUGAGUUUGGCAAAGAACGGGCUAACCGAAAAGUGCUGCGAGGGCUUGAAGCAGGCCUGCUUAGCCAAUCGGACCCUCUUGCGCCUCAAUCUGACUCGGAACAAGCUGCAGAACGAAGGCAUUUCCAUCUUACUGGGCGUAUUCAGUAAUCCAAACUGUGUGAUAGAGGAGCUAUCAUUCCAGGAGAAUGCUUUGUCCGACGAGGCCUGCCCGACGCUGUUCUCGGCUCUCUUCGGAAACCAGACUCUCAGACGUCUCAACCUGAGUGGCAACAACUUCACAGAUGCGUGUUUUGAAGAGAUGUGCAAUCUUAUCCAGGUGUGCCGUGGCCUUGAAGAGAUCAGGCUUAACUUAUGUGACUUCACUCCAGUGGUGGAAAAAAAGCUGAAGACACUUGAAGAGUCCAGAGAGGGCCUCAAGAUUUUCAUCUAAAGCUCUGGCACUAAAACACAUCCAUAAAGCAUAUGUAGCAAGAGGAAAGCAAGGCCACCGCAAGCCCUUUUUCGAGGCCACCUUCCUUGGGCUUUUGCUCUUCCUCAACGUUU